CCGCUCUAAACUCAAUUUUUGACACGUUGCCUUCCAUGUAAUACCUAACUGGAAAUUUGAGACUUUCCUCUGGUAAAUCGUACCUUGGAUUAUUUAGUAAUGCUCCCGAUAAUCGAGGAUGAAGUGAAACGUUUUUACACCGAGCUCAACUUAGAAAAACCCAUUGUACAGAAUCCAUUCAUUCACCGAUUAGUCAUCACUAGUUGGAAGAAAAAAAUUGAGGUAAGCCUUGCCUAAGUUAUUGCGUUACUACUAGGAUUGAUCUUUUCCUGACUACGCUAACAUCUCGUAAUAGUGUUUAUUUUGCUAUUAGUUUACUAGAAACAUAAAAAAUGAAGGUGAAUUUUUGUUGUAGCUUUGACAGUUUGUGCUUGUAAACCAUCGUAAUUGCAACGCUAACUCCUUGAAGUGAGAGAACCGUACAGUGAGAUGUCGUUAUGAGAUUCAACGUUGUCAUAACGCAAAGUUUGUCAACCUUUCCAACAUUAAACUACCUUUAAUGCGAGAGGAAAGAUUCUCGCUAAUUGUGUUCACAUUUUCGAUGUGUGAUCUCGCAUCAGUAUUCAAUUCGAAUGUCACCUGUGGACAUGAUUCGCUACGAACACUCGAUAUAUUUAUUAAUCUUUAACAAUUUUAACCCAAUGAAAAUUUGUACAGCUGUUAAUAUUCAACAAACAAUUUAGGAGUUGUUUCGUUUUCUAUUGACUUUUCAAUUUUCGUUUUACAAAUAGUGAAACGUCAUUUAAAAUACCCUACUUUUCGUCUGCAGACAAUUUCGCCUACAGGUUAUAAACAAUCUGCCAGUUUACCAUUAUUUAUGGUAAACAAUAGAGAUUACCUGUCAAAUGAGGCAUUUUAAUUUCUUUAACCCUAGAUCACAGAUAGGUUUUAUAAUAUUUAUCAUAGCUUGUUCUGAAGUGUAGCCGUCAACCUCUUCAGUUUGUUCUAAGGCAGCACCAUUUAAAAUAUGGUUGAGUACGGUACAUUGCCAGUGAUUUAAUACACUCUAGGCUAAAAAAAAAGGACUAGGUUAAAACGAUAUAUUUGCAUGUGUAUUAUAACAAAAGUAAACUAUUUUUUAUUCCAAAUAGUUUAGAAUUUUUAAAAGUUUAGUGUUCAUUAGCCCAGUGUUAGAAUCGUGUUUUAAUUAAGUCAUUUAUUGUUUAAACAAGACACUCAUCAAUAACAGUUCGGCAACUGAAGUGGGUAAGCUGUCUAACUAUUUUCAAUUAUCUUAUGUGAUUAGUGUAAUUAUCAUAUCUCUUGGUUACUAUGUAAGCUAUGGUUGGUCAAUUUAGCAGGCUGUAUUUCAGUGUACAGCAUGUUACAUUCAAAAGUUUAUUUGAAUUUCAAUCUUCCCCCUCUAUUUGAGAUAUAAUAAAUAUCUUACAAACCUUAUCUUCUUAAUCUGUAUUGUGAGUUACAGAACCUCUGCUCAGCUUUAUGGUCCACGGAUUCACGCUUGUGGCAUAAAUCUGAGAAUAAAAAAUGAGGUUCAAUAACUUACAAUUAACAAAUCAGUUUGUAAAAGGUGUUUAUUUAUCCACCUUUGAAAACAGGUCUUGAUUGUUAUUAGUUGUACUUAAUAAUUUAUUGAGAAUGUUUGAACUUUCAAUCCUGAUUCCACUGUUUUGUUUCUUUUGACAGAUUUUCCUAUGUUUGAUAUUCCUUUUCCCAAUUCGCCUUUUACUUGGUAUUUUGCUUUUUCUAUUUGCGGGGAUUUGGUGUUUUUUCACCACUGUUGGUUGGAAUCCGCAAGAUUUAAAGACUCCCUUAACCCCACGGAGAAGGUACUUACAAAUUGAUUGUAAACUCCCAAGAUCAUUUAGUAGUUCACCUUACUGUCUGCCAUGCAAUUAUUAUAAUGUUAGAUUGGAGAAUUUGGUAUUAGAUCAAUAAAUAAUCCCCAUAUUGAUAUUUCUCUGUAUUCUCAACACUCAUUUGCUUGAUAUUGUAUUUAUAUCGUAAGGAGAAAUUCUCUCUUGGUCACACAUGGGAGUUGAAGGGUUAACAGGAAAUGCCUAACUUGAUAUUCCAUGCUCUUUAAUACAAUGGCUGCACAUAUAAGGCAUAAUUUAGAUGGAACAAACCCAUUUUUUAAAAUUUAUUAUUAUAAACCUCAUUAAAGUGAAUGUCAUUUCUCCUUGAAAUAUCAGAUGGAUGAAGGACUUCCUUCCCAUUAUUGUGCGUUCAAUAUUGUUUGCCCUGGGCUUUCACAGAGUGAAGAUAAAAGGAAAAUUAGCUCUCCCAUCUGAGGCUCCUGUGACAGUGAUUGCUCCUCAUUCUUCCUUUUUGGACAUCCUGUUGUUGAGUAAAUAUGGAAAAGCUCCAUCAGGAAUUUCAAAAAUGGAAAAUCUCAAUAGCCCCUUUCUUGGAGGUGAGUUUGUUAGCGAAAGUCAUGAAUUUCUAUGCAUCAAUAGUUAAAUACAGAUAAAAAUACUCUUACUUACCAGGUAAAAAAUUUAGCUUUGUUUGUUUUUAGUGAUUUAGUUUUAGUGUUUUAUUGUUAGUUAGAACUGUAUAGUUAUUUGAUUAAAUUAUGUAUUCUUAACUUUUAUUACAAAUGUUGUUAAAAAAAAAAAAAAUUAAAAAUUAUAUCUAAGUACUUUAUGAAACACAAACUAAGUGAAAUGUGACUAUGAUGUUCUGAACAAUUAUCCAAUUUCUUAUGUCUUCUCAUGAACUCUCUUUGAAUCACAAAUAGUUCACAUUUGCCUAAUGUAUUAUUUAAAAACUUUUAGUGAAGUGAAUUGAUUUUAAAUAAUGUUAUGACAAUGAUUAAUAGACCUCAUUUAUCCUCCUUCAGUUAUACCUAUUAUAUGCCUUUUAACUUGAUUUGCUCUUACUGUCUUAAAAAGGGUCCCUUAAGAUUGAAGGCCUUGAGCAAGGCAUAAUUUUCACUAUAACCAGUCUGCAUGUAUGUUAUUAUUGUUUUCAAAUCUUAUUCUAAAAUCUCUGUCUAAGAAGUUAGAGGAGGCUCACAAAGUUGACAUGCAACAAUAAUUUCAUCAGGUGGAAAAAUGAACCUUUAAUUUCUCAAAUAAGGUCUGGGUUUUAACACCUAUUAAGGGGCACUCCUCUACCUAAAUUCCCCUUAAGUAACCUUCCCCUCAGGUCAACAGUUAUAGCCAGAUUUCUUUUUUUCAGGUUUUUUUCGAUGCCUUGAGUGCAUUGGUGUUUCAAGAGAUAUCACAAAAUCCAGACAAACAGCUGUCAAGGAUUUACAAUACAGAACAAUCACUACAAGAGGACAGUGGCCACAUAUAUGUAUUUUUCCUGAAGGUAAUAUUUACACGUACCAUUGUCAAUCAAGAUAAGAUUGCCUGGAUGAUUUAAGUGAUUCAGUUUAUAAAGUUAGAAAGAAUUGUUGCUUGUUAAGGAUAUUCAUUUUUAAAUAUGUUACUAGUUGGUGUAUUCAAGCCUUCAAAAUGAAACGAAGAACAGUUAACGUACAAUGUUGUUCAUUUGGACUGCCUUAUCAGUUCUGUCACAUUGAUCUUGGUUUGAAACCUAACAAAAGCAGACUUAAAAUACAUUUAAGUUCACAUGGCCACCAGGUGGACAGUCAGUCAUGGUUUGAUGCUACUUCAGUUUACAGAUUUAAUGAAUGUAACUGAAGAAGUUACUAUUCAUAGACCCAACAUUUUGACACUCCUGUCUGGUGCCUUCAUAAGGGGUGAUCUAAACACUGCAACAAGAGGUCCUUUUAUAUGAUCGCUAAUUAGCUGCCUUUUUUCUGACAAGGUGUGAUUAGGUGUCAGGAAGUAAGCCGCCAUCAUCACUAUUUAAAGGAGCAGACUUGUUAAAUUUAACUUGUAAAGAAUAAUGGGUUCUUGUGAUGAGUGAAGGACUUGAACCUGCACAUUCAAUGGUUGACAUGACAUGGUAGUUGUAAUUAUUAAGUUAUGAAAGGCCCCUGUUUUUUACUGGGUGUUACAAUUUCUGUUGCUCUCUUGCAUUGCUCCUUCAUAGCUUUCACAACCUGUUACAAGUAAUAAUAUUUAAUUAACAGCUGACUAUGGCAUACAUCAACUGAAAGAAUGGCUCAAUUUCCCACAUGUUUGCCAAUUUAAAUUGUUUGUUGGUGUCUAGUAGUAAAUAUCUGUUGUCAGUGAUACAUUUUCCAAUUAGUAAUAAGUUAUUCUUGUUAAUAAUAUCAAGAGAAAAUUCAUUGCAAAACUAUUUCUCAAACUCUUUUAUUCCUCAGGUACUUGUACAAACAGAAAGUGCCUAAUAUCUUUCAAGCCAGGUUAGUCUGCAAAAUGUCAACUAAGUCUGAUCUUUAUGUCAGUGCAAGCAUGGUGGGCUGGGUACUAAAUGAGCUGGUUUCGCACAUGACAACACGAAACUUGUGAGUCUUUGUCAUAAAUUUCUCAAGCUCUCUCAGUACAGCUCUCUCAGUAACUUGAAAGCAAUCUAGUAAUGAUUGACAUUUUAAGCAAGAAAUCAUACCUCUGUCAAUACAAAUCAUACUUAGGGCACAAUAUUGAGCAAGGGGCAUUUCAUGUCCUGAAGAAUAAGGGAAUUUAGUGAGAACAAGAAUAACAGUCUGACACAGUUAACUUGUAUAGGUGUUAGUUAACCCUUUAACUCCCAUGAGUGACCGAGGUAGAAUUUCUCCUCACGAUAUUAAUAUGGUAUCAACCAGAUAAGUGAUAAGAAUAAAGACAAAUAUCAGUUUGGGGAUGAUUGGUUGAUCCAAUACUAAAUUCUCUGAACUUACAUUAUAAGAAUUGUAAGGUGUCCAGUAAGGAAAGUUAUAAAUUUUAUCUGGGAUUUAAAGAGUUAACAUUGUUUUGUAUGGUGUCAAUUAAAUUGAUGCAACUAGUCAACUUGACUUUUCAUUUUCAGGAGCAUUUAUUCCAGGAUGCCCUGUGCAACCAGUUUGUCUUCACUUUCCAGUAAGAUAUCUUAUGUACGCUGACUUGUGGUAAUAUUACUUAAUAAACAAAAUUUAGAGGUCUUUGUAAAAAAUAAGUUUGCCGCUUUUUGAAAUUUAACCAUUAAUUUUCAUAGCAAGUUUGUGUCAUUGACAGUUGCAAAUGUCAACUGUAAGAUGUGAAACCUGGAAACAACUGAAAUGUGUACAAAGUAGAUUAAAAAAGAAACUAACUGACAAUUACUUAUUUUAGUUAAGGAUUUGUCACAUUCUCAAGAAGGCAAGCUCUAGAUGGCCCUAGAAAAUGAAAAGUGAUUCCUGUUGAUGUUACAAAACCAUAAUUGAUCUUUAACCUGAGAUAUUCAUUUACAUACUUAUACCUUUUUUUUUUUUCUCUCUUUUAAUUUUAUAGGAUUUAUAUGCUUGGACUUGGGAUGGACCUGGAGCGUAAGUUAACCAGAUAUGAUUUCUCCAUGCUGCAUAUAAUCAUUUACCAACUGAAGAGAAAUUGGGUGAUUGGAAAGAGAGGGGGGCAAUCAGGGCUUCUGCGUGGAGAUACUGAUUUCACAUUAGAAGUUAAUCUUUUGCUUGAGGUGAAAAUUAAAGUUUUUUUUUUUUUUUGUUUGUUUGCACUGGGAAUUUUGCUUCAAGAAUUGCUGUCAACUUUCUUUUCUUGGAUUUCAUUUCCAUGGAAAAAUUAAUCUGGGAGUUGUUGUCUGUUCUAUUUCUUUCAUUCAGAAUAUGAGAUCAUAAUUAGUAUGUAUGAAGGUGCGCUGAGAACCAACUUCUUUCUGAGAUAAAGAAUUGUGGAAUAAGAAGAAUUGCCAACUGACUUAUUUUCAACAUAAUCUUGAAUUACUUGACUUGCAAGGUUAAAAAUGAAUUAUUUGCACCAUAAGAAUAUCUUCAAAUUUUUAUUUUGUACAGGUUGAUAUUGGGCCUGUUACUUAUGUGUCAAGUGAAUAAUGAAGCUGAAGUAGAGGUGAGACUUUCAGCAGAGUAUCUUUACAAUAAGUUAUUAUUCAUCUUCACUUUGGUGUGCAAUGGUUACUGGUGUUGACAAAAUUCAUUAGUUAUUCAUUACUGAAUAUCACAAUUUUUUUCCUAACAGUUUUUGCCUGUUUGGAAUCCAACAGAGGAGGUAAUUGCAUGUGUUCAAUAGUGCACCAUUUUCAUUCAAGCCAAGUUAAAUGUCAGUGUCUUUCUAACACUCCACUGAAAUUUGUGAUUUCAGGAAAAGGAGAAUCCUAAACUGUAUUCAGAACGUGUGCGAAAGUCUAUGGCAAGGUAUUUUGUUACUUAGUACUAUUAUAGUUCAAACUAAAUGUUGUUCCCUUACUGACCAAAUUUCUGCUGGAAAAACUUUUUUUCCUUGUAAAGGGACUGACCUACAUCAUGAUUAAAUUACCCCCUUUCUUGCUCCCUUUUUGUUUUUGGAGGGGGGGGGAGUGGUGGGGGGAACUGAUAGUAGUGACAUUUUUUCGAAGAAGAAAUUUAAACUUGCUUUAGUUAAUUUUAUGGUACACAAUAGGUUCUGAUUUAAAUUCAGUAACAAUUUUUCAUCAGAUGUUUGAAUGUUCCUGUGACUGGUCAUUCAUUUGAAGACACUUUACUUAUGGAAGCGGCAACAAAGCAUGGUUUACCAUCUGAAGCAGGAAUCAUUGAAUUUAAGGUCACUGCUACUAAACUAGGGUAAGUCUCCUUUUGUUAAUGAUAUCUGAUUUGUUUGUGGAAAAGUUACAAAAAAUGUCAUUUUUACCGACAGGGUAGGACAAGGGUGAAGUUGGUUUUUUUCAAUUGAGUUGAUAAUGUAAAUUGGCUGUAGUAAAGAGUUUUGAAAGCUGACAUUUCAAGCAUUAACAAAUGACAAAGGGCUAACAUCAGCUUUCAAAACUCUUUACAGUGACCAAUUUAAAAUGUCAAUUCAGGUGAUAAAACCAAAUUAUCUUGUACCCCCCUCCCCCACCCACAGAUGCAGUGCCAUAGUUUCUCUCAAAGCUUACUGCCUUUGAACAAAGAGAUGAGUCAGUGUCCUUUUUUUGUCAUAAGCACAUUUAGACAUCAUGAUGAUGAUGAUGAUGAGGAUGAUUAUUAAUCCUUUAAACCCUUACAGUGACCAGCUUGUAAUUUCUCCUUACAGUCAUACUGCUGAGUCAUUUAUUAAGAUCAUGAGAAUAAAGGAAAUGCCAACUCAAGAAGCUUUGAUUGUUCAUCAAAUUCUCCUUGUCAGUACUAAAGGAAAAUGUAUGGAGAAGAGUGUGGAGAAUAUAGAUACUGAUGUUAGGUUGUAAAGGGUUAAUCCUCAGUUUAUUACGGUUUUGAGUGCAGGGAUUUUCAUGGUACGUUUUUGUCAAGAAUGAAAACGGAAUCAAAUGAAAAGUUGAUCAGUUAUUUUCAUCUCAGGAACAGUUUGAUAAUAGCUAACGGUCACUGCUACAGAGCUUGUCACUAAUCUAAACAAGGAAACAUGUUGCAGUUGUACUUCUCCCCAAUUGCAGUCUAAUGCAGCGGAUACAGGACCUGCUGACAGAUGCAAUGCUGGUUGUGCCCGAAAUAAACUUAUUUUCUCCUGUUUGUAGAAUAAAUCUGGAUACUGUGAAGGAACAUCUGAAAAUGUUUGCCGUCCUGGAUUCAGAUAAGGAUGGUUACAUUUCGUUGAAGGACUUUGCACUCCAUUACAAGUUGCCAACGUCACCACAAUUAAGGGAGCUCUUUUCAGUCUUUGACAGGGUAAGAGUUCAGUUGAAGUAGAAAAUACGUUACUGUAGUUUAUCCAUCCUUAUGUUAUCAAUCCACUACAUUACUGUCAAACAGAAGUUGUCAGAAGGAGCAUAUCCAAUAGAAAUUAUCUGUUGAUUAUUCCUGUUUGGGUCUUUUGUAGGAAAAUAAAGGCGUCAUCAGCUUCAGGGAGUACUUAAUCGGAUCGGUUUGUUUAGCCAGGGUAGCAGCUAAGAAGGAGGUGGCCGGGAGCGCAUUAAAGGUAGUCUCUCAUUUGCUUUACUUAAUGGAAAAAUUUAGGUACAGCCUGCAUCAUAUCACUGUGAAGGCUAUGGGUCAGCUUUAUUGCCUUCAGUAGGCCUCUGGUCCGCGCCCGUUUUGGCCGCCAUGCCCAGUAGAAAAAAAAAAGGCCACGAAAUUUGUUGGAGAGGUUUCUAAGUGGUGACCUGUAUUUGGAAGUUUUGUAACAAGCGGUAAUGUGUCCAGUACUUCGUGUUGAUGGUCUAAAUGUCCAAGUCGUAUGCUAAAAGAGGAAGAAAUUAAAAUUUCUGUAGACGGCAAAUUAUAACGUUGAUGUUGGCCCUAUUUAGAAUUGGUGCAUCGAUUAGAGAGACGGUAGAACCCAUUUCUCAAGAAACCAGGCAGUUAUCGGUUUUCAAAAGCUGCUUUUUACAGAAUCUCGUGUAUGUAAUCAAGAUAGAGACAUUAAGAUAGUGUUGAAAUUCACAGAAUGAGAAUAUCACAGGAACUGAACACAAUGGAAUUUUCUUUUAUCUUAUUCCAGCAAUAACAUCCCAAAGAUUUAAAUUUAAAAUAAGGCUUCGGGUCCAUGAUAUCACCGAAACACGGGCCAUGUAACGGGAUCUAACGUCUAGCAAGGUUGUAUUCCAAACUACUCGGUAGCCCUGAGGCGGUAGCUGUUGCUGGUAAAAGCAAUGUUUAAGUACUCGUCAUUUAUGCGACACAAAUUCUUCAACCCUCAAUCAUCAGUCUUUUCAUUGCUGUUCUCUAUACAUUUUGUAAGGUGCUGACAAGGAGAAUUUGUUUUACAAUCAAAAGCUUCACUAGUUGGUGAUCAUUUCCUCAAUUCUCAUAACCGUAAUGUUUGAUUCAGGGGUAAUAUUGUAGGGAGAAAUUAGAUGCUAGUUACUUUUAGUGGUUUAAAGGUUGGUGAUUCAUACAUGUGGCACACAUUAUAACUCUAAUUAUUUAUCAAUUUUGUCAGGCUCUUCAAGAAUACAGCAAACCGACGCGCAAGAUGAUCUCUAGUAACCAGCAGGAAAGUAUUCUCAAGAGCGUGGUAAAGACUAUUGAUGACACCUACGCAGACAACCAUAACGUGAGGAGUAGAAAUGGUAGGUAUUUUUACUUACAGGUGAUUGGUGUUCAGUCUUAAUUUUAUUGUCAUCCCAAAGGUUUAUCAGCCACUCAGUCACUCACUCAGUCAGUCACUCAGUCAGUCAGUCAGUCCAUCAAUCAGUAAGUCACACAGUCAGUUUGUUUGCUAGUUAGCCAGCUGUUGGGUUAGUUAGUCAGUGAUCUAGUCAGUCAGCCAAUCAGACAGUCAGUCGGCCAGUUAGUCAAUUAGUUAGUCAGCUAUUCAGUAAAUCAGUCAGUUGUUCGAAGGGUGAAUUAGGCUGUCCAUUGGAUAAAACCCUAUGCGGUGGAUAUUGCAGUGAGUUUUGUUAACGCUUAUCCAAUUGACAAAGAUUUAUCUGUUAGUUAUCAACUCUUCACCGAGGCGGAGGCGGUCUGCCAGCAGUAAAUAUCCACCGCUAGCCACCGACACAGAGGUGAAUAGUUGUCUUAUUAUAUACUAAAACAGUCGGAUAAUAUAGCAAAAAGAGAUGAUUUUAACUCAUGUAUUCCUGCAACCAUUACAAUAUUUUCGGGCGCAAGUUUCUCAGAGGUAAAGGAUAUUCGGACGCUUCGACGUUAUCCAAUGUUUUGGUAUUAACUAAGUAGCGUCAUCCACCCUUUGAAAAACUGGGCCAAAACAGGUAGUUUGCCAUCAUCUCGUCUUUGUUCUUCGGUACGUUAGCCAGCCAGUCAGUCAAUCAAUUGGCCAGCCUGUCUAGUUGGCAGUAAGUCAAUCUGUUAAUUAGUCUUUUGGGUUAACAAUCUUUCAGUUAGUCAUUCUUUUGGCCAGCUAACUCAUAGUCGGUUGGUGGGUUGUUCUGUCAGUAAGCCAGCGUGCCAGUUGACAUAAUUUUUUUUUCGUCUUAUUCAUAUAAUCGUUCAAGUUUCUUGGGUGGCCAAUAUUUCUUUUUUCAUUCAGUAACGAUAACUACAUUCUAUAGUCGCAAACGCUAAUCACUCGUAUUUCAAACUUGACACAUUGUUGAAUACGGUAACUGAAAAUGACAAAAUUACAAACACGCGAAUGAGCAUAAAAUAACUUACAUCGUAUGAGUGAAAGUACUGGAAAACGACAAAGCGAAAUAAACAAGAACACUUACAAGACGAAUGUGACCAAACCAAAGACGAAAACAUGAAACCCAGAGCUAGAUAUGUAACGAUAAUUUUCGCAAACUAGACAACUAACCAAAUAAAUUACGCGCGAACAAUAUAUAUACGAUAUGCAAAUAAAUAUAACAAGCAUUGGUAACUGACAAAGGACACUAAUGAAGACGAGAAACUUAACACCUAACACGAAACUUUGAAACACCAACACUAAAAAAAAAAUGAUAAUACAAAUUCUUGCGCCUACACAUUCCUUUAAUCAUAUUUGUAUUUGCAGAAGAGUUCCAAGAAUUUCUUUCCAAUCACGAUGAACUAACUGUUUUGCUGUCAAGUGUGCUACCUCCAGUUGAAACUGGCGUGCAAGAGUCCAGACUCAUCUAAGAAUUAUUACUAUCAAUGACUGCACACUGAUAGUUGGAAAUCUCGACUUUUGUAUGAAAAAUGUUUUUAUAGGACUGAGUUAUCUCAAAACGAAAUGAGGAGGGAUAUGAAGCUGGGAAUAGAGCUACAAUUUAUCACCUGAAUGUAUUUGUAAAGAUGUGAGAUUUGCUUACGAAUGAGGCGAAUGCAAAUAGAAGCUGCCCUGUGUUGAGCCCUGAAAAUUGGAGUCUUCACAACGUGCGUUACAAUCAUUAUUUAUCAAUUUGUUCAAAUGGGUACAGAAUUUUGUAAUAUGAAAAUAUGUCAUAAAUGCAGCCCAUGAAAGUGCGUUAAUUAUUUAUUAUUUAAUAGCCAUCAAAAUUAUUAUCGAGUGGCUAAAUAGACGAUCAGAUUAUUUAUGUAAUUUUGGGUUGAAUGUUAUUUAGACAGAGCAAAUUUCCGGAAUUUGACUUUUUUUUAUUACAGUGUUCAUGAAAACGAAAAGAGUGCGAGAUCAAUGCGAUAAAUAUUUGAGGCCCAGUGCAAACUUACAAAUUAAUAGUAAUCUGUAAAAGUUUUUGUUUAUUUUAUUGAAGAGGAUUCAGUGGGACAAUUGCGAGCAUCGUCUCCAUUUAGUUUCCACUCGCUCUCGCAGCAUCGUCUGUAUGAUUUCCUUGUAGUAAUUCGCCAGGAGUUGUCUUUCUGGUUUAUUAUAAAGCAACUUACAAAUUGAAUUUGUCGAAAAUAGAUUCCAAGUAAUUAGAGGAUUGUAUUUGAAAAGAAAUCACAGAAUACUAAUCAAUGAAAGUGGUAAAUAAUAUUGAUAAAUGAUGUUGAUAAAUGAUAUGAAUAAAUAAUAUGUUAGACUAAAGUAAUUGACGAAAGCAGCUACUUGUUAGACACUGAGGGUAUUUCCUUGGUGUUGUAGGGUCAAGUAGUGUAAAAUCUAGAUUCAGGUUUCUUGGGUGAGCAGAAUUAAAUAAAAGUAGAAUGUUGACAAAUUUAUACAAUUAAUAGUACCUUGAAUUUAAUGAGAUUUGAUGAG